GGAGGCCGGGCCGCGAGGCCGCGCGCUGCCCCAGCAGCCCCGGGGUCUCGGGGUCGGGCCCGGGUGUUGCAUGCGGGGCGGGGCGGCGGUGAGCCCAGGCGAAGAUGGAAGGCUUAACGCUGAGCGAUGCGGAGCAGAAAUACUAUUCGGAUCUCUUCUCCUACUGCGACAUCGAGAGCACCAAGAAGGUGGCCGCCAACGGGCGGGUGUUGGAACUGUUCCGGGCCGCGCAGCUGCCCAACGACGUGGUCCUUCAGAUUAUGGAGCUGUGUGGUGCAACAAGACUUGGUUAUUUUGGAAGAAGUCAGUUCUAUAUUGCUCUGAAACUUGUAGCCGUUGCCCAGUCUGGUUUCCCUUUAAGAGUGGAAAGUAUAAAUACAGUAAAAGACCUUCCUCUGCCAAGAUUUGUAGCUUCAAAGAAUGAACAAGAGUCUCGCCAUGCAGCCUCAUAUUCUUCAGAUUCUGAAAACCAAGGGUCUUAUUCUGGUGUAAUUCCUCCCCCUCCUGGCAGGGGACAAGUGAAAAAGGGAUCCAUAAGCCAUGAUGCUGUUCAGCCCCGCACAGCUUCGGAUCCCCAGGAACCUGCAUCCCCAGUAGUUUCACCACAGCAGUCUCCGCCAUCUUCUCCACACACUUGGAGGAAGCAUAACCGUCAUCCCAGUGGGGGAAAUAGUGAGAGGCCUCUUGCAGGACCUGGGCCAUUUUGGUCACCGUUUGGUGAUGCACAAUCAGGUUCCUCUGCUGGGGAUGCAGUGUGGUCAGGCCAUUCUCCACCUCCACCUCAAGAAAACUGGGUCAGUUUUGCAGACACUCCACCAACCAGUACUCUUUUAGCCAUGCAUCCUGCUUCUGUCCAGGACCAGACAACAGUCCGAACUGUAGCAUCAGCUACAACUGCCAAUGAAAUUCGUAGGCAAUCCAGUAGUUAUGAUGAUCCCUGGAAAAUAACAGACGAACAAAGACAGUAUUAUGUAAAUCAGUUUAAAACCAUUCAGCCUGAUCUAAACGGAUUUAUUCCAGGAUCUGCAGCUAAAGAAUUUUUUACAAAAUCAAAACUUCCUAUUCCUGAACUUUCUCAUAUUUGGGAACUCUCAGACUUUGAUAAAGAUGGUGCGUUGACACUGGAUGAGUUUUGCGCUGCUUUUCAUCUGGUAGUUGCUAGGAAGAAUGGCUACGACUUACCUGAAAAACUGCCUGAAAGCUUAAUGCCCAAACUGAUUGACUUGGAAGAUUCAGCAGGUGUUGGGGAUCAGCCAGGUGAGGUAGGUUAUUCAGGCUCUCCUGCAGAAGCACCUCCAAGCAAGUCACCAUCAAUGCCAUCCCUAAACCAGACUUGGCCAGAGCUGAAUCAGAGCAGUGAGGAUACUGCUAUUGUUCAUCCAGUUCCCAUUCGAAUGACUCCCAGCAAAAUCCACAUGCAGGAAAUGGAGCUUAAAAGAACUGUCAGUGAUCAUAAUAAUCCCACUAGUCCAUUGCUUGUGAAACCACCUGACCUUUCAGAAGAAAAUAAGAUAAAUUCAUCGGUGAAAUUUGCUUCUGGAAAUACUGCAGGACAACAACAGGCUGGAGUUGUUGCCCAUCCUCCUGCAGUGCCUCCACGACCGCUGCCCGCACAGGCUUCUGGUCCCGUUGUGCAUCGCCCAGUGGAUGCAGAUGGCCUAAUAACUCACACUAGUACCUCACCUCAACAGAUACCAGAGCAACCCAAUUUUGCAGAUUUCAGCCAAUUUGAAGUAUUUGCUGCAUCAAGUGUAAAUGAAGAACAAGAUGAUGAAGCUGAGAAGCAUCCAGAGGUCUUGCCGGUUGAAAAGUCUUCUGAUCCUGCAAGUUCUCUUCGAGGUGCCAAAACGGAGAAUAAAAUUGAAGAAAAGACAGCUGCUAGUGUUCCCGCAAAUGUGAGCAAAGGCACAACUCCUCUUGCUCCACCACCUAAACCUGUUCGAAGAAGAUUAAAAUCAGAAGAUGAAUUAAGGCCAGAAGUCGAUGAACAUCCACAGAAGACAGGUGUCUUAGCUGCGGUUCUUGCCUCACAGCCUUCUAUUCCAAGAUCUGUUGGGAAAGAUAAGAAAGCUAUUCAGGCAUCUAUUAGACGAAAUAAGGAAACGAACACAGUUUUGGCCAGAUUGAAUAGUGAAUUGCAGCAACAAUUAAAGGAUGUUCUUGAGGAGAGAAUUUCCCUGGAAGUUCAACUGGAACAACUCCGACCAUUCUCCCACCUAUAAGCCAAUUGCCGUUCACUGUGAACAUACCCACUUUUAAGCAGUUUUGGGUUCAAAGCCAAUUUGGAGACCCAGACAUUCAGCUCACUGCUUAAUUCAACAUUAAAUUUAUGAUUCUGUUUUGCUCUAUAUGUUCACCAUUGUAUUUAAGUGUCUUUUAUUUUUUAAUUUCAACAAUAAAAGGGUCAGGAUG